AUGAUCCUACGCCACCUUGCGUGCUGCGACACUCCCUCACUCCGGCAGACGUGCAACAAGGAGCUCGUGGGCAGAUGCAAAGACAGCUUCUACAACAUUGUCGAUCCGACCACCGCUUCCCUCCAGCUUGACGCCGACUUUCCUGCGCGCGCAGUGUCACUUGCGAAGUUUGAGCGGUGGAGCAAUCACAUCACUACACUACGCCUCAAGGUCCCGAGAACCGCUUUCUUCUACCAGCUACACCAAGGCGCCGCAGCAGCAGCCGCAGCCGCAGCCGAUGGCGAUACCUUCUCAGCAAUGUCGGAUACGAAAGAGUUCAAGUCUGCGCUCGCGCUGUUGACGACCCUUCCUCGAUGCAAAGCUGUUCUGAUCCAGCACGACACCCCAAGCAGUGGCUGGCUCCUAUGCGACUACCAAUCCAGCCGACGGAAGGUCCGUGACAAGACCAUGGCUGUCCUGGGCGAUGUGUUGCGCGAGAACUUGGAGCAUAGUCUUGUUGGCUUCAUGCUUUCUUCGCAUUCGGAAUGGUACGACGAGUACCGCCUAUGCUACUUCGAAGAGCGAGAGAAGGAGGCAGAGGAAGGAGGUCCACGCGCAGAGGCAGAGGAAGAACGCCGACGCACAGAGAUGGGGGAAGAACGCCGCGGCCAUGAAGAGACCGAAGAUGCGUACGCAGGCCAGUCCCGAGACAUGGUUCGUGAUGAGUGUCGCUCACGUGGGCUUCCUCGGCCUAUCCCAAAGAAGAAGGCGGACAUUGUGGCGGCUCUGCAGAAGGACGAUUUGAGGAGGUUGGAGUAG